UCAAAAAUUGAUGGAAAAAGGAAGAAAAUCAGUGCUCUUCUUCCCCUGUACGGUUCCGUACGUAUAAUCCGGCGGAGCUGUUCGAUGUCUGAUGUAAUUUGUUUGUUGACCCUUGAGAGCUUCAAUACUUGAUAGUAAUGCGAUUAAAGCAACUCCGUCAUAGUUAUUUUCUGAAUCCCGUCGUCAAAAAGAAUCAAUUUACCGUUUCAGCAUGGGACUGAAAGCCAAAGUCCAGAAUGGCGGCAACAUGACCGGGAUUGGAAUCAGAAAUAGAAAACGAGGCCCGGCCUUCACUGCGGCAGGCCUCGUGCCGAAUGGCCGCCGGGUAUCACAGGCUACGCUUCAGCGCGUCUUCAUUACCAUGAUGGGCGUUGUCUUUUUGUUGUGGUCGACAAUAACAGUAAUGGUGUUUCGAUGGGGUCAAAACACCUUUUUCCAAAAAGAGGUGCAAGGAAACUGGGGACCUCCGGUUUUUAAUAUGAACAAAAACAAACAACUCAAGGAACACAUACGGAACCUAAGGAAAGAUCACGACAGACAAAACGAAGCAGCACGGCAACCCGAAAAGAAAAAACACAAGGCACCCAAUCACCAUUUUCCGAAAAGUAAUACCGGAGCACAAUUGAACCCAAUCAAACCAUUGUCGUCGAAAUUCGACUUAGAAGAUGCCGAUAUCCACGAGAUGAAACACCCAGAAGAAAUUAAAAAAAUGAAGGCCAUUCAGUCGAAAUCAUCCUCAUCCUCCCAAAGAACACUCAAAGCCCAUUUGGAACCUAUCUAUCUAACUGACUGGGAAAGAAAACCAUUACCUGUAAGAAAUGUCACCGAGAAACAAUUGACAACCAUCGACUAUCCAAGAGUGAACUCGUGUCGUAAAUUACCAGAGCUGUGGCCCGUGGACGACUUUCCGGACGCAGAUCCUUUUCUUCCAUGGAUCCACGAUGUCUUUCCUACCGACGACGGAAAGUUUAUUCAAUUCGUGGCUCAAAAUAAACGCAGGUGUCAAUCUGGUACGACACCAGAUCAGCUUGAAAUUUUAGAAAAGAUGCAGCCCCAGGUUUCACUUUUUCAGCACGUUCCGGUAAAACGAGUUAAUAUCAAGAAUUCGAAAGGAGCGGAAGAAAUACGUUACAAACUGACUUCGCACGAGGAGGCGGAUUCAGAUGGCGUAGAGACUCGAUUUAUUUGCAGAUUUUCGAAUGGCCAGGAAACGUUGUCGCAAUUCAACUUCAAUUUCGAUUAUGUUGGAGCGCGGAAGCACAGUAAAAAAUUGCACAGCAAAGAAGGCCACAAAGACCACAAAACCUUGCAUACAUCACAACUGAUUUUCAUGUGCCCAGUUCCAGAAAAGCUCGUGGAGACUGUGCGGGAAGGUACAUCUGUCAUCGACGACUGGGCCACCUUGUUCGUAACGCUGGUACCGAUUCGAACACCUCCACGGUACGGAGCCCCCAAUCGAUUUUUGCCACCCAAGUACCAAUUCGGGGAGCCAUAUGAUUUUUCAGCAGCCACAGAAUGGGGCGACUCCCAUGUUCUCCCUCGCGUGGAGGAUUCUGGGCGAUGGGAAAACAUACCAAUAUGCCUCCCAACCUACAAGGCAUACCCAUCUGUCACAUCACCGCCGGAAGCUGCGCCAACGGAAGAAGCGGCGGGAGUCUCGUUGUUCCAUUCUACAAUAAAUACGAAGAAGCACCGAGUGGUUGCUUGCGCAUGGGCUUCGCUAAGCUAUGCCACCAGAGGAGACCGAUUCAAGAUUGACGACGGAGCUCGUAGGGCCGACGAGUGGAUCAGAUUUCAUUUAUUGACAGGUAUCGAUCACAUAUUCAUCUACGACAAUUCCCGGGAAGGGGCAGGUCUCAAAGACGUUGCGGAUCAAUUCCCGGGCAGGGUUACUAGAGUGCCCUGGCCUGCCACUGUAUGCAACAACAAUCGGAAUUUCCACGACAGUCCAGGGGAACGAUCGUCCCAGUAUGCUGCAGAAUCGUCUUGCCGUCUUAGGUUCGGUCCCCACACGGACUGGAUGGCAGCCAUGGACAUCGAUGAGUAUAUCACACCUGUUGGGAAUUAUACGUCCAUCAAGGACUUUUUGACCACCCUGGACGACAAUGGAACCAAAAUAAUUAACUUUGGUUCCUGGAGAGCAUGGCCUCGAAAAGAUUUUAUUGCACCCCCCGUUCCUAUUGUUGACAGGGCGGUUUGCGACGAACCAUUCCCGUGUUUCCACUUGAAGAUCCGGAAUGACACAUCAGUUUUGCAAACAUAUAACUGCGACCGGCAGCAGGUUAAGACCGAGAAGAUGCCGGCCGAGAAGCAGAUAUAUCGAACCGAUUACGUUCUCCAACACUUUGUCCAUUUCUCGACCGUAACAAAAUUCACGAUGAUGGGCAGACAAGAGACGGUUGCAGCUGGAAUGAAUUUCUACCGCGUUGCACCGGAUCCUCUGUCACGUUUUUCCGACGAACAGACGGAGGUGACCAUGCUUCAUUCGAAAGCAAUUGCAACACAAGACACCGCCGGGUGGCAGAAACGCUGCACGGGUGAAAUGAAGAGAGGAACGUGUCGUAUAGGAGUACCGUAUCCAACGCUAGACACAUCCAGUAACGUAACGAAAGACAGUGAGGGUUGGCUCUACAAUUGCUAUGUGAACCCCAUUAUCGAAAACCACUGGGUUCCUCUUCUGAACAAAGAACUGAAAAAGUCCAAAAUCAUUGACUUCCAAGCCCCAGAUAAACUGCAAUAACGUUGAUAUUAUUCGAUACCUUUUUUGCCGAUUACCGAGGUUUUGUCCACGUGGUUUUGCCACUU